GAGUGACAAGCGUAAACAACACUAACGUUACUAUCAUCAGUGGACUGAGAUCGGUGACAGCAAACAAGAGAUAAAAAGCAUGGAUUUGCAGGGACACAAGUGCAGUGUAUGUGACAGGAGUUUCUCUGUGAAGUCCAACCUGACUCGGCACAUGCAGCUUCAUGGUCCAAAGGAACAUGUGUGUGAAGUGUGUGGGAAAAGCUUCUCACUGAAACAGCAGCUGAGCAGCCACCAAAAACAGCACCUGUACCCAUGCAUCCGUCUGUACAGGCAGGGAGAGGCCAAGCUACAGUGUACGGAUGCAGCUAAGAGUGUGGCAAUGGCCCCCAGCAAAGCAGUAGACCCCAGCUAUCUGGAUUCUGAAAAGGCAGAGGCUGCUGCAAAGAAAGCUGGAGGGGAAAUGUGGAAAGGCCAGCUAAUUGUCACAUUCGGCAAAUAUGAAGGACAGUCUUUCAGGUGGCUGCUUGAAAAUGAUGUGGGCUGGGUCAUAUGGCUGCUGUCUGAAUAUUGCCAGAAGGGUGAGAAGAACGAACUCCUAAAGUGGCAAAAGGAGCGAUUGCUGCAGUAUGCCAGAGAGUUCCCGCCUGUCACCUUUCAUCUUGACAAACGCUUGGAGGAGUCAAGGAAAGACAAAGGAAAGAAGGCUGAAUCUACCCUUUCUAAGUUCCAGCAGGAUCCUGACUAUGCCAGUGAUGCUGAAUUGUUGGCAGCUGCAGAGACAGUCCUUGAAGAUUCUGAGGUAGCGGUCUCCACACGGCUGACCACCUGGGGAGAGCUCACACCGGCUGUGAGUCAGGACCCUUCCCACAGCCUCAGCACAUCUCAGGGAAGACCUUCUUCCCCUGUAGACACCUCUGCCUCAGAAACCGGUGGCAUCUUGCUGGAGGGCUGGCAGAAAUACUGGGAGCAUCCACCUCCAUCUACACAAGCCAAUGGUAUAGCUCCUCCUAACAUCACAUGGCUGAAAUGUGAUGAGAUGUAUGGUCUGUUUAAGAGGCCUUCCAAGUACAAGAAUGCCAAAGGAGAGAUUGUGGAGAGAAGGCUUUUAAAGGAGAAGAUGGAGUUCCACCCACCCCCAAUUCCUACUUCUGUCAAGGGAGGACUGCCCAACAUGAUGGCCUUUUUCACAACCCCUGCCUUCUUCUGGCGCCCAGUUGGUGUGAUGCAAGCCAAGAUCCGCUGCCCUAGCUCCAACUGCCCUGCACCACCAGGUGAAUACCUUGAGAAGAAAGGCUUUGGUAGUUAUGCCAGGCAAGUGUGUGGGAUGAAGUACAAUUACACCCUGUUGACGGAGAAGCUGAAGUGUUCACAUUGUGAAAAGAUGAGGCGGGCAGUGAGUAAGACACAUAGUGACACAGACAGUGAAGAUGAGGACAGUCAUCAUGUUCAGCAGUACAUUUGGCUGGCACACAGUCCCAAGAUUUUGAUGAACCUGGCCCCGGCCAUCAGAAGCAUGUUUCCUGCCAUACUGUGUGGGAAGCGUGCUAUUGACAAAGGCGUGGUUACUCUUCUGAAUGACAGGGUCAACAGUGUGUCCAUGAACAAAGUCCAGAGACUGCUGCAGCAGGGACAUGAUGAGUGGUAUGUGGAGCGCCGUGACCUGUACCAGACUCUCCUGUACGAAGCCCACACAGCUGGAUCUGCAUCGUCUCAGAAGAGCAUCCUGUCCUUUGUCAAAGCUGCUGGUACUUACACCCCUCCUCUGCCCCGGACUCCCCUUCCUUCUGCACGUGUGCUGAGGCGUGCACACAUGAUCAUGGAGAUGGAGAAGAUGCCUGUGUACAGAGCCUCAAUCCUCAGUGUGACUGGAGAAAUCCUCUGCAUUGAUGGUACAAAAAAGGUCCUUAAGAAGAUAUAUGGUGAUGGCCAGGGCACCAUGCAGUAUAUCACCAGUGUGCUGAACGAGUGGGGCCAGUUCUUGACCACAGUGGUGGUGGCAGCCGAGUCUGAGGGGUGCUACAGACGUAUGGCCAAAGGUCUGAUGGCCCGCUUUGAACGAGCUAGGGCUCCUGCACCAAUUGCCAUAUAUGCAGAUAACAACUGUUGUCGUGACAGUGGUUCGUCCUUCCUGGAGAAUCUGUUCGGGGACUGGGUGCAGAAGGGUACUGUGGUCAGACUGGACAUCCGACACUGGCUGCACCGCUGGGAUGCUGUUGUCAUCAAACAGAGCCAUGCCAAGUAUGGGAUGUUCAUGAGUGCCCUGGCAGGUGCAGGACGAUAUGAUGCUCCUAAUCCAGGCAGUCAGGAAGGGCAACCAGGAGUUGUACGCCAGUCUUUCAGACGAGGACAUGAUAGCCUUCCUCAAACCUCACCAGAUCAGGUCCUAUGUCAGACGGAUCACCCGUGGGGUUGA